UUCGCGAGAUGGCGGCGCUGGGGGCCCGGCGGCUGCUGCGGCCCGGCCGGCGCUGGUUCUCGGACACGGUCCCCAGCGCCCCCUCGCCGCCCGCCAGCCCGCUCUACCCGCCCGUGGUGGCGUCCAUCACGGCCAAGAGCAAAGCGGCCAAGUCGCGACGCCUGCAGCGCUUCAACCAGCGUGUGCACGAGGCGGCCACGGUGGAGGAGAAACUGCGGCUGUACGGGAAGCUGCAGCGCCCCAAGUACAUGGUGUACCCGCAGACCUUCGCCCUCAACGCCGACCGCUGGUACCGCAGCUUCACAAAAACCGUCCUAGUGCCGGGAAUGCCUCCGAGAGCCGCGGCCGCGAAACCCCCAGUAACGACGGCGGGAGCGACUUCCGAGACCGGCAGAGCCCCGGAGCCGAGAGCGGAGGCACCGGGGCAUGCGGAGGUAGCGGGGAAUGCGGAGGCGGUGGGGAAUGCGGACGCUUCGGGGGCCGCGAAAACCCCGGAGCCCUCGGUGGGAGCGGCGCCGUGUCCGGAUAUAGGCGAGCUGCGCUCCCUCGCCUGCGACGCCCUUCUUCAGGAGAGCUUCUACCAGAACAAGAAGAGGCCGUUCCUCUACCGUGACCAGGAUCACACACCCGGCCCCUUCCUCACGCAGCUCGUUUCCACCCUCGCCGCUUCCCUGUCCGGUCGCAACCCACUGCUGGCUGCUUCGUCCCUCGAUCUAAACCCUGAGGUUAACUAUUACUGGCAUCAUGGUAAUGAAGUUGUUGUUCACGGACAUCGAAAGGGUAGAGUUGAUCCUGUGCGAUUCCAAAUAGAUGAUAACCCACACCUCCAGAUCCGUGUGCCAAAGCAGCUUCCCGAGGUUGUACCCCUGGAGUCAGAUCUUGGAGAUGUUCCUGUUAUUGAUCACAAGCCAUCCAAACUGCCAUUGUUUAAAAAACAGUAUGAAAAUAAGGUAUUUAUAGGAGCAAAGGUGGCAGAUCCAUGCUGUUAUGGACAUACCCAGUUCCAUCUCCUUCCCGACAGACUGAAGCGGGAGAGGUUCAUAAAAGAGCGUCUUGAGGAUCAAAUCGAAGUCGUUUAUCGAUCGAACGGAAUUGCAAGUCUCUUUGCCUGGACAGCAGCACAAGCAAUGUAUCAAGGAUUCUGGAAUGAAGCAGAUGUGACCCGUCCUUUUGUAUCGCAGGCAGUAGUGACUGAUGGAAAAUAUUUUGCUUUCUUUUGCUACCAGCUAAAUACUUUAGCACUAAAUGCAGAAACAAUUAAAAACAACCCUCGAAAGAAUAUUUGUUGGGGUACCGACAGUAAGCCACUGUAUGAUGUUGUGGAAGAUGGUAAUGUGAAGGGCUUUAAUGAUGAAGUUCUGCUUCAGUUGGUUCAUUUUCUACUAAACAGACCAAAAGAGUUGUAAACCAUUAAACCAAACAUAAAGUAUGUGCCUGAACUUCAUUGUGACUCCAUGAAGUGUAAGGUAUGACUUGAUUUAGUCAGGUAUUUGUCUAGCAAACACUAUAUACAUAUUUUAUGUUAUUUGGGCCUUCUUCCUUUUUUCUUUUUUAAUGUAUACUGUACACUGGCAAAUAAACAGCUGGAAUACUUAAAGUCUUUUGUAUAUUUACUCAUAAAAGCCUUCUCUGCUGAUUCAGUGUCAUGUGAGCAUGUUUUUUAGCAGAUCCACAGGUCCAUGUUAAACUGUCACAACAAGGUAUUAAUUCAUAUGACCUGCUGAGUGUCACUAGGAAAUAGCUGCCGUGAUACUCAGCACUAGUCAUAAGUUUCUAAUUCUGUACUUGAGUUAAAUGGUUAUUCAGUUUAAAGAGAAAGUGAGCUCAGAAUAAAAAGUGUUUCUUAA